AUGGCCCACCUCGGAGACAGCCAUCGUGUGGAGGCGAGCCUGCCACCAGACGCCAGCCAUCAAUCCUCUGUAAAACUAGUGUCCGAAACUGAUGCUACUUCAUUCACGUCCGCAGAGAACUAUGAGACUUUAUCCUCAUCAUCAGAGCCCAUGGCGGUUGUUGGCAUGGCCAUGCGGCUACCCGGAAAGGUCAGAAACGGCACCGACUUCUGGGAACUUCUCACCGAGAAGAAGAGUGGACUUUGUGCCGUUCCGAAAGACAGGUUCAACAUUGACGCAUUCCACGACCCCGAUGGAGCAACUGGCACGCUUCGCAUGCGACAAGGCUACUAUCUGGACGACGUGGACAUUCAGCAGUUCGAUACAUCCUUCUUCUCCCUAUCCAAGACAGAGCUAGAGCGCCUUGACCCACAGCAACGACAACUGCUCGAGGUGACAUACGAGUGCAUGGAGGACGCUGGCGCGACCAACUGGCGUGGAGGAAACACGGGCUGCUACGUCGGUGUGUUCGCCGAAGAUUGGCAGGAUCUCAACGCCAAAGAGACACAACAUAGAGGCGGAUAUCGAGCUACUGGCUAUGGAGACUUUGUGCUGGCCAACAGAAUAUCGUACGAAUACGAUUUACGCGGCCCCAGUAUGACAAUAAAGACCGCCUGCUCAUCCUCUCUGGUCGGUCUGGAUCUAGCCUGUCAAGCGAUUCGCAACGGCGAGUGCGAAAAUGCCCUGAUCUGUGGCACCAGCCUCAUCUUCUCCCCAACUAUGGCCCUGGCCCUUAGUGACCAGGGUGUUCUCUCGCCAAGGGGCAUCAGCCGGAGCUUCGAUGCCUCCGCGGAUGGCUACGGGAGAGGCGAGGCUGUCAAUGCCAUUUAUAUCAAGAAGCUGAGCCAGGCUUUGGAGGACGGUGACAAUAUCCGCGCCGUGAUCCGUGGCACAGCCGUCAACACGGACGGCAGGACGCAGGGAAUGUUGAUACCGAGUCCUGUUGCGCAAGAAAAGCUCAUUCGCCAGACGUAUCGGAAAGCUGGCAUUUCUGAUCUGUCCAAGACUGCUUUCGUCGAGUGUCACGGUACGGGCACUGUAGUCGGGGACCCCCUUGAAACGUCUGCGGUGGGCAAGUGCUUUGGCGAACAGGGCAUGUUCAUUACCUCGGUCAAGCCAAAUGUUGGCCAUGGAGAGGGCGCAGCCGGACUGACCAGCUUGAUCAAAGCGAUCCUGGCCCUCGAGCAUCGCCAAAUCCCCCCCAACAUUCACUUCGACACCCCAAACCCCGACAUUCCCUGGAAGGAGUGCAAUCUUCAAGUCCCCGUCGACACGGAAAAGUGGCCUCGAGACCGCGCAGAAAGGGUGAUUCUUGAAUCGAUCAAGCAGUACCACUCGUACAACCAGACGCAGAUCACGCCGCCAUCUACCGACGAGAGCCCCGUCGACGAUCUUCCCACGGGAACCGAGGUUAGGACCAAGACAGAUGCCGCUCUGUCGCUGAGCACCAGCCAGCACUGCCAGUAUCUCAAGAAGAAACACGUUGUCUUGCGCGAUGUGGCCUAUACUUUGGCAAACCGGAGGGACCACAAAGCCCAUCGCGGUUACCUGAUCGCUAGCGAUUCUACCGUGUCCGAAUCAACAACGCUAGGCGCUUCCUCAUCCUCGCCACGAGUAGUCUGGGUCUUCACGGGCCAAGGCGCGCAGUGGCCCGAGAUGGGCGCAGAGCUGAUUGACACCAACCAAGUCUUCCAUGACACCAUCAAAAGGCUCGAUAGCUUCUUGUCCGGCCUUCCCAGCCCACCUGCAUGGACCAUAGAGACCGAGCUCCGCAAAGGCGCUGGCGACAGCCGCGUUCAGAAGGCCGAAUUGGGUCAUCCGCUAUCCAUUGCCGUGCAAAUCGGUCUGAUCAACGUGUUGAGCUCGUGGGGCUUGAGACCCGAUCUAGUCCUUGGUCAUUCUUCGGGGGAGAUGUCUGCUGCGUACGCCAGCGGCUCCAUCACUGCUGAGGCCGCCAUGGCUGCCGCAACUUUCCGUGGCACGACCAGCGGCGGUGACACGCCGGACAAGCGCGGGUCCAUGGCUGCCCUCGGCUUGAGUGCAGAGGACACAAGGGCACUGCUUGAGGAGGGUGUGAUUGUUGCUUGCGAAAACAGUCCCAGCAGUGUUACAAUCUCUGGAGACAGCGACAAGGUGGAGAACGUCGUUGCAAAAGUCAAGGAGACUCACCCGGGAGUGCUGGCUCGUUUGCUUCGUGUCGAGAAGGCCUUCCACUCACAUCACAUGCUUGAGUACGGUCCGCUGUAUGAGGACCAUAUCCAACCUUUCAUCACCAGUGUCGAUCCUGAAAUACCAUUCUAUUCCUCAGUCACCGGUCAACGACUGCAAGGGAAUGGUUGUCUCGGAGCCAAGUACUGGCGCCAGAAUAUGGAGAGCCCCGUCCUGUUCAACGGCGCGCUGAGAGAGGCUCUCAAAUCGCAGCCGUCCGACACUGUUCUCAUUGAGAUUGGACCUCACCCGGCACUCAAGGGCCCUAUCGGCCAGAUCCUCAGAGAUUUAGGACGAACAGACGUCCAUCUCGGGACACUUGUGCGUGACCGCAGCUGCGAAGAGAGCAUCCUUCACCUGGCAGGAAGACUUUUCCAACACAACUUCGAUGUUGACUUUGCAGCCCUGGCGCCCGGCCAAGGACAUCAUGUCCACGAUAUGCCCACCUACCCAUGGAAGCAGGAGGCCAUUCACUGGGCGGAGUCAAGGGUGGCCCGUGAGUGGAGGUUCCGCCAGCACAAACCACACGAGCUUCUCGGCGUGCGGGUGACAGAGGUGAUUAACGAGACAUGCUGGCGAAACAAGCUCUCCCUAAGUGACGUGUCGUGGCUUGAGGGACACAGAGUGGAUGGACAGAUUGUCAUGCCUGGCGCAGGCUAUGUCUGUAUGGCUGGCGAAGCCAUUCGCCAGCUGCAUGAAGAGACAACUUACACCAUCAAGAAUAUGAGCAUCAGCGCUGGCCUGGUACUGGACCACGACAAGCUCGUCGAGCUCGUCACGAGGCUCACGCCGAUGACUGUGGACUCGGCAGACGAAUCUACCGCCUACAGCUUCACGGUUACGUCUUAUGACGGCACGAGGUGGACCAAGCACUGCUCCGGCGAGGUGAAGCCAUCCGUGGACAAGUCCGUCGCUCUCGAGUCAGCAGACGAGUGGCCAAAGGCUCUGCCGCGCAAGGUGGACGAGGACGACUGGUACGCUCUAUUGAACCGAGCCGGGUUCAACUACACUGGUCUCUUCCGCGGUCUGAAAGCCCUCACGUCUGCCACCGUGACAGACGAGGCCUUGGCUACUGUGGGGACUAAGGAGGCCAACAGAGGGGACAAGUACUCACUGCACCCUGCUGUCAUCGACCAGUGCUUCCAGCUCUUCACGGUAUCAGCCUAUCGUGGCCUAGCCCGCAACUGUACCACGAUUGCCGUUCCAACAUUUAUUCGAGAGCUCAUCGUCAGGCCUACGCAGGCAGACGUGAGGGUUGGAGCCCUCAUUAAAUCCUCUGAGCGUGGCUCUUUCGUCGGCAAUCUUUCUGCCAAGGAAAGUGGUCGCACCAUACUCUCCCUCAAAGGUUUCAAGGCGUCGGCUUUGACGAGCAACGAUGGUGCGGAUGACAGUGCUCCUUUGAUCACUCAGAUGCACUGGAAGCAGCAUCAGGACUUUGUCAACAUGGAGCGUCUAUUGCUCCCGCGAGAGGCAUGCCCUGUCGAGUGGCCACUGGUAGAGGAGCUCAUGCUUUUGUGCUCUUUGGACCACCUGGACAUCAUCAAAGUCUCCGAGAGCACCCCAAGCCACCUGGUCAAGUUCUUUGACUGGAUGCAGAAGUACGUGGCCCGUUACCGACAGGGACAGGCAGCCUUCCUCAAGCCCGAGAGCCAACUCUGCGACCUCGACAGUGCAGCGAGACUGGCGAGGAUCAAUAUGAUUGUCGGACAAGUGUCCCAGUCCCAGUAUGCCGUCUUCGCUACCGCCAUCCACAGGCUCUUUAUGGACGCGAAAGCCAUCUUUGCCGGAGAGGCUCACCCCUUGCACAUCCUGCUCAAGGACAACGUCUUGGGCGAGCUGUAUGCCGUCGGUGAUGCGCUUGACUUUACGCACGCCGUCCGCACGCUCGCGCAUACCAACCCUCGCAUGAGAGUGCUGGAGGUAGGAGCUGGUACAGGCGGCACCACAUCCAAGGUGUUGGCGGCGCUCAUGUCCCCCUACGGAGAGCGCAUGUACAGCAGCUAUCUGUACACGGACAUUUCAUUGGGCUUCAUGACGGCGGCCAAGGAGCGAUUCGCACAUGUGGAGGGUAUAGAAUACGCCUCGUUUGAUAUCACGCAGGACCCCAUCAGCCAAGGCUUGGCCGAGGGCAAUUUUGACCUCAUUGUUGGAUCCAACGUGGUUCAUGCAACGCCUAGUCUGCACACAUCCCUCAAGCAUCUGCGUCAGCUCCUCAGCCCUGGAGGACGCCUCUUCUUGGAAGAAUUGUGCCCCGACGCCAAAUUCAUCAACUAUGUCAUGGGUUUCCUGCCCGGCUGGUGGCUAGGUGAAGAGGAUAGUCGACCAGAUGAGCCGUACGUUUCCCGGGACCGUUGGUCAAAGGAGCUCGUGGCGGCCGGAUUCAACGAGCCCGACGCCUUCGUGCUGGAUGGCAUCGCUCCAUACCAUCAGAGCGCCGGCAUCCUGGCCUCGCCCUGCCUGAAAGUGGCCAAACCGGCUUCUGUGACGCUUCUUUGCUGCGAUGAAGGUUUCUACUAUCAUGAAGUAAAGGCAAGCUUGGAGGCACAGGGGAUGACGGUUCACCCUCAUCGCCUGGGCGAUGUCCUGCCGCGCCAGGAUAUUGUGUCCAUCCUUGACUUGCAGCAGCCUAUUCUUCACGAUUUCUCCAAGCAGUCAUUCCAUCAGGUGCUCGAAGCUGUCAAGUCGCUACAGUCCAAGCUGGUAUGGGUGACGCGGUCAGUCCAAGUGUCUUGCCAGGACCCCAGGACGGCCAUGAGUUUAGGUUUCGCAAGGACGGCCCGAAACGAGCUUUCCAUUAACUUCUACACCGUCGAGAUUGAUGACAAGACGGAGAGACAGCAGGCCACCGACUGCGUUGCGCAGAUUUUCCUCAAAGUCCAGGCCACAGAACCCGACGCGGAGUCCAUGGACCCCGACUGGGAGUACGCCAUCUGUGAUGGUGAGACGCUGGUUCCUCGUCUACACUGGCAGACGAUGCACGAAGCGUCCGCGUCCAACUUUUGUUCCAAAGCCACGGCUCCGUUGAAGAAGCUAGACCUCCGAGCACCAGGCUUGCUGCAUACCAUGGGCUGGCAAGAAGGCGAAGCGCUAGUCCCCUCGCAAGGUCAAGUUGUUGUCCAGACAAAGGCCGUAGGUAUGAACUUCCGAGACGUCCUGAUUGCACUUGGAGUUCUGGACAAUAGCACUUCCGAGAUUGGUCUCGAGGGCUGUGGUGUUGUCACUGCCGUGGGUAAGGGCUCCGAGAAGCUCAAUGUGGGCGACACGGUCAUCUACAUGUCUAGUGGAUGCUUUGCAACCCAGCUGGCGUUGUCGGAAACACUGUGUGUCAAGAUCGAUGACAGUCUGACCUUUGAGCAAGGUGCUGGCUUGCCAUGUGUCUACGCGACAGCCGCCAUGGCCUUGACAGACAGGGCCAACCUGCAACCCGGCCAGACAGUCCUCAUUCACUCGGCCUGCGGCGGUGUCGGGCUUGCCGCCAUCCAGAUUGCGCAAAUGCUCGGCGCGGAGAUCUACUGCACAGUCUCCAACGAGGAGAAGAUUCUAUACAUCAUGACCAACUGUGGAAUCUCGCGCGAUCGUAUCUACAACUCACGGGAUGCGUCCUUCCUGCGUGAUGUUAUGAACCACACCAAGGGCAAGGGAGUGGAUGUGGUCCUCAACUCUCUCUCGGGCGACCUCUUGCACGCGUCCUGGGAUUGUGUGGCCGAGUUUGGUACCAUGAUUGAAAUUGGUAAGAGGGACUUCCGUCGCCGGGCGAAAUUGUCGAUGGAGUCCUUCGAGCAGAAUCGAACAUUUGUUGGUCUCGAUCUGUGGCAGAUCUCACAGGUCAGGCCGCAGAAGGCAGCCGAGCUGCUUGAAAGAUGCGUUGGCUGGAUCAGGGACGGUCUGAUCAAACCAGGCGCCAUCGCCAGGAUCUGGGAGGCUUCUCAAGUGCAAGACGCGUUUCGCUACAUGCAGGGUGGACGCCACAUUGGCAAGAUUAUCGUCAAGUUCCCCGAAGACACCAGCACUCUCGAGUCCACCGAGUUCAUCUCAAGCACGUCUCUCCGCUCUGAUCGCUCUUAUCUGUUGGUAGGCGGGCUCGGUGGUCUGGGACGUGCCGUUGCCACAUGGAUGGUUGAGCGGGGUGCCCGGCACCUCAUCUUCCUCUCUCGCUCUGCAAAGUCUGGUGGGCACAUCAAGGACUUCCAGAGAGAUCUGGAGUCCCAAGGUUGCGAGGUGCAAUUGGCCCAGGGCAGCGUCGGUGUGCUCGAUGACGUCCAGGCGGCCAUACAGGGCGCAACGAAGCCCAUUGCCGGCGUCUUGAACCUCUCCAUGGUACUGAGGGACAUGUCUCUCGCCGAGAUGUCCUUUGACGACUGGACCACGGCGGUCGCACCCAAGGUGCAAGGGACCUGGAACCUCCAUCAGUGCCUGAUGGGUGAACAGCUCGACUUCUUCAUCCUCGCGUCCUCCUACAGCGGCAUCGUCGGCCAAUGGGGUCAAGCCAACUAUGCUGCAGCCAACACGUUCCUGGACGCCUUUGUGCAAUACAGACACGCCCAAGGUCAUGCGGCGUCUGUCAUCGACAUUGGCGUCAUGGGCGAGGUGGGCUUUGUGUGGAAGAAUCGGGAUAUUCUGGAUCAUUUCAAGCGAUCGGGAAUGCGCAUCCUCAAGGAGACGGAGCUUCUCGACGCCAUGAACCUGGCUAUCCAGCGAUCCAAGCCCAAGUCAAAUGCCCGCACGCAGGUCGACGUGCACGGCGCGCACUGGAACCCAAGCCAAAUCAUCCUCGGUUUCUGCACCAGUGCGCCGAUCGCAGCACCCAACACGAGGGUCGUCUGGAAGGCCGACGUUCGUGCUGGCGUCUACCACAAUCUGAACGGUCAAGCCAACGCGGCCGCCAAGGCGACCACCGAGCAAGACGGCAUUGCGAGCUUGCUGGCUCUCGCCGCGUCGAGACCCUCUAUCCUCGAGGAGGAAAAGACGACCGAGACAAUUGCUGCGGCCGUCGCCAAGGCCUUGACCGAUUUUCUGAUCCAGGACGAGGACAGCAUCAAGGUAGAGCAGUCGCCCGAGCACAUUGGUGUUGAUUCUCUUGUGGCGAUGGAGUUGAGGAACUGGGACCGGCAGAAGUUUGCCGUCGAAACCAAUGUCAUGAGUAUCGUGCAGAGUGCUUCACUCAUGGAUCUGGCAGACAAUAUCCGGGAGUCGUUGAUGGAGCGGUUUGAAGGACAAGAUUGA